CCUUUGGCUCAUAUUGACUCAUAUACCGUAUAUAUACCUGGCCUCUCUUCUAAUAAGUUCCGUGAGCCCCUGCUGAACCUCAAGCAGACUUUGGAAUGUCCCUGCCUAUCAAAGUGACACGGAAUCUUCGUAUAAUUGCCCUACCAUUGACGAGGGCCACACGGACCCAUGGCGCCUUGACAUACUAUCAAUUCGUGACGCCAGUACCAGCUGGGGAGGCGAACAAAAGUCCCGGACUCAUCAAAUGGGCGUCCAAUAAAGCCGUGGGUGUCUGGGCAGGAUUUGGGAAGGCUCCUGAGGGCAACUGGAAGCUCAAAGUCUUCCGUUACGGGGAGCGGCUCAUUGACAAAAUCGACUUUGAGGAACUCGCAUUAAAGAGCCUGGACGUCUCGUUGGCUCCGAAGUUAUCGAAGUUCGGCAACUCGGAAGUUCAGUUGGAAAAGGAUCGCCCUAAUAUACCAUUAUACUAUCCUCAGGCAUCUCCAUCUCCAUUGUCACACCUUCAAAGUCUCGUCGAGAAACGGGCGCCAACCCAUAGGAAGGGUUUCUUGACAUGGAUGCUACUUGCACCUGUGACCGCACCAGUUGCCCUCAUCCCCGUCAUACCAAACCUUCCUUUCUUCUACUGUGUGUGGCGGUCAUGGUCUCACUACCGCGCCUACAAAGCCUCAGAGUACCUCCAAUCCCUGAUUGAGGAAGGGGUCAUCUCACCGGAGCCCAAUCCGGAGCUGGAGUCCAUAUAUGCAAGCCACCAGCCACUACGGGAUGCGGACUCAGAUGCCUCAUCAACACCAGACCAGGUGGCCCCACAGCACCGAGAUGCACCUACUCAGAGCAACACCGCAUCGGAGGGGUUACUCCUCACGCGCGAGGCGAUUCCUUCAGUAUUGCAGCUCUUUGACCUGCCACCGACGUCUGCUGCGGAUAUAUAUCGCGCAAUGGAACAAGCGAAGGUGAGAUUAGGUCGCGGUACAUAA